UCGAGUCGGAAAGCGGAGUCGCUCGAUCGGCUCCGCAUGCCCGACUUGCAGCCCUUAUUUUCCUCUGCUUCAUUUGCUUCUCUCCGAUGCUACACCGGUCGCUCGCGCGCUUCGACGGAUCUUCUUCCGCGACUUCGGACGAGCAGAACCGAACCACCGAGGCGAGAGUACCAGGGUCUACUACGCUUGUUUGGAGCUGAUAACCUAAAAAGACAAAAAGGUUGUGCUCAGAAAUUUUGUUGUUGCUGUUGUGCGUAAAUACCUAGCCAGACAAAUCAUGGGUUGCGACGGAGGUACCAUCCCUCGUAGGGAUGAACUGGUCAGGGUUAAGAAGAAGCCCGAGCAGAAAGAUAAAGAAGCAGAAUUGGCAUAUCGUUGGAGGCACUGCUCUAUAAGACAGCUUCCACUGCAAGCACCCAUUGUGGCGUGUGGCUUGGGACGCUUGUACAGCAAAGAAGCUGUACUCGAAGGGCUGCUUGACCGCUCGGUACUCUCAGAAUCAGCAGCCCACAUCAAGAAUUUAAAAGAUAUCAAGAACCUCAAUUUAACACCCAAUCCGGCGUAUGAUGGGGAUACAGCCAAGAAUGGGGGUUAUAUCAAUGAUGGGAUGAGCCCAUACAUUUGUCCAGUCAUUGGUUUGGAAAUGAAUGGAAAAUACAAGUUUUGUUUUCUCUGGAGUUGUGGCUGUGUGAUGAGUGAACGAGCUCUCAAGGAAAUUAAAACAUAUACUUGUCACAAGUGCCAGAAACCUUUCGCUGACACAGAUAUAGUGGUAAUGAAUGCUCAAGAUGAAGAUUUAAAAACAAUGGAAGAAAAUAUGAUAUUACGAAAAGCUGAACGCAAGUCCAAGAAAAGGACAAAAGAACAAUCAACUGAUAAUGACAAAAUAAAAGAAGAAAAGGAAAUAAUUGAAGAGAAGGAUAAGGAAGUGAAGGAAGAAAUACCCAACAAAAAAAUUAAGAAAGAAAAGCAUAAGGCACAAACAAGUAAGAAUGUGACAAAGAAUGAUCCACAAGAUCCUGCAUAUAAAAAAGCUAAAGAAGACUAUAGUGUUGCGCAAGAUCCAAAUGCUUCAGAAGUUCUGAAGAGUAUAUUUACAACACACAAAACUGCUGCGCAACAAACCAGAGCACAUUGGGUCACUUACAAUCCUUUCUACAAUUAGUUAUAGGAAUAGGAUCAAGAUCAAACGUUGUAUAAAAAUAUUCAAUUUAUUUUAGAUUGAUAAAUUGAUAAUAAUAAUUUACAUUUUCAUAUUCAAUCAUACCAAACAAAUUUAAUUCCUUUUUAAAUUGUUUAAGUCGUUAUAAAAAAUGACAAAAGUCUUGUAACAAUCAUGUAUUAUAAAUAUUGUAUUUAUCAGAAUUUGUUCUAGCUAUUUUUAGUAAAUAACUGUGCUGUUCCGUUAGUUUUAAAUUGUAUGGUUUACAAUCACAACAUGCUUUCAACUUAAUUAAACAAUUUUGAAAUAUACACCAAAAAAUAAGUUUUUCAAACGGCAGUCAUGUUUAAUAAAAUAAACAUAUGAAACAAUUUUGAAAUUUAAAUCACACAAUAGAGAGAGGUACUAAAAGUUAUUGUACGUAAAAAAAUAUUUUCUUAUAAUAUUGUAGACACCCCAUAAUCUCUAUAAAAUCAUCAACAAUUGAUUAAAUUUCUUAAUCAAAACAUUAAUUAGGUCCUCUGCGCAUUGCAAUGGCCUGUAUCACUCUUGCAAGUUUACCAACCACUCUAUUUCUACGAGAUCGAUUUGUUGUACAACAACACCAUCGGUUGAAGGCUAGAAUAACUAGUCCAGUCAAUAUUACUAAUCCUAAAAUAUAUCCCAAAUGUACAAUCCA